UUGGGAAUUACGUAACACUUCUGACGUCACCAUCAUUGAUGCGGACCACUGCACCCCAUUGCCCCAUGGAGCUACAUGUAUAUGAGCCAUGGUGUUUAUAGCUCCAUGAUUGCCCCCACACAAUGCCCAUGCACAGCAGAGACGUCCAUUGAUCCACAUUGAAAUAUUCCUUUUGCCAUUUCUUUUUGAAGCAACCAGAUUCAUAGUGUCACAGUCCAUCCCGCUCAGAGGCUUUGGCAGAACUGCUUUUGUCUUAUUCUUGCCUGCUGCUUGAAGAUCUGUUUCAAUAUUUCAGAGAAAGAUUUCAAGGCCGUCUUGUCUCAGAAUGUUCAAGGAAUUAAGUCGUGGAAGCGCCGAUGUGGAUUGGUGCGAGGACAAUUAUUCCAUCUCUCCAUUCAUCGCGGAAUUCUACAACACGAUCAGCAACGCCUUCUUCUUCGUGUUCCCGCCCAUGAUGUGGGCACUCUUCAAGGAUUACGCCCAUCGCAUCAACCCCUCCAUCAACCUAAUGUGGGUGUUAAUGAUGCUGGUAGGGGCGUGCUCCGCCUACUUUCACUGUACCCUGAGUCUUGUGGGGCAGUUGCUUGACGAGGUCUCCAUCUUGUGGGCUUUCUCCCUGGGGGCGGGACUCUGGUUUCCAAGGAGAUAUUAUCCAAGAAUUUUGAAGGGAGAUAGGAGGCGUUUCCGUAUCUUUGUCUUCAUAUUGAUGUUGUGUGGGACGAUGCUUGCCUUCAUCAAACCCUGGCUUAACUCGUUCCUCCUAUUGGCGUUUGUAGUACCUGGUUUCUGGACAGCUUAUCUGGAACUCAGAAGGGUGCAGAGUCAUCAGCGAGUUACCACUCUAUUUCGCACGGCUUCUGUCCUGUGGAUUGUCUCCAUCUCCUGCUGGGUAGCUGACCGUACUCUCUGCGACUUCUGGCUCUUCGUGUCGUUCCCCUACCUCCACAGUUUCUGGCACGUGUUUAUCCUUCUUGCUUGCUACUAUUCCGUGGUUCUUUAUGCCUACUUCGAUGCGACCAGUGAAUGGGCGGAGAUGGGGCCUGUCUUGCGAUACUGGCCCAAUGACUCUCACACCAAGUUUGGCGUGCCGUAUGUUGCUCUUAAGAGCAACCCGUACAGUGAUGAGAAUAUGAACAAGAUCUUUUAGCAGGCCUUUUUGAGAAGCCAUCUCGAGCAACCCAUUGUUGGCUUCGAAUAUAUGAUUCUUUUCUUCUACGAAGAAACCUGAAAAUUUAAAAUACAUCAUUUGAACCAAGAAAUCAGGGCACAUCAAAUGCAACAAUUGAAGUUCCGGAGAAUUUUUUAAUGCAAACUUCUGAAAACUUACAAUUUCAACAGUUUUCAAAUUCUUCAUUUACUCUCAAAACAAACAUGUUCAUAAACUACUUGUAGUCAAACCAUUAACGUGUAACAUUUAUGCAAAAAAAUUGAUUUAAUUUCAAAGGCAAGCAGAAACUUAUAUUUAUAUAAGUGAGACUUAGGGCAGGGCGGGGCAGCGUGGUGGGCCAGGGGGUGGGGCAGGGGCUGGGAGGGGGCUGGGCGGGGCAGGGGCUGGGCGGGGCAGGGACAAUUUAUACAAAACUGCACCAGUCUAGCUUUGUGUUGGAAUACAAAAUGAUAUUAAAGGUAGUUAUCUUGAGUUGAUUAUAAUUUCUCAUUGCAUCUUUCAGUAUAUAAAUUGUAAAUAUAAUUUUUUUUUACUAUUUGUCACAUCUUUGUCAAGGACCUAGAAAAAUGAUUUCCUUAACACUGCCACUCUAUUUGGCGUACUAAUUUGUUUCAUAUGGUGCUGUUUAUGUUACACAUUCUUCAAAACCAAUGUGCUCCAACAAAUCGUUUCAAACGUUUAGCAGACUGAAAUUGUUUCAGCAAAAACAACAUUGCAUUGAAUAAAAUUGUAGAAACAUA